AAUGUGGGAAAAUUCAACGUCAAACCCAAUGAGAAGCACGCAAGUACAACAUAACAUUUGUUUUUUCUUUUUCCAUGUAGUUACCAUUCUCCUUCCUUUUUUACACGUACAAAGUACAACACCUUUGUCUCUGUCUCAAACUACCUAUCACACUGAACUGAAAAUUGCUAAAUACUAUGGGGGAAGACAAGUCAACCAUUGCUAAAGAUGUCACUGAAUUGAUUGGUAAAACUCCACUGGUGUAUCUCAACCAUGUUGUGGAUGGUUGUGUUGCACAAAUUGCUGCAAAGCUAGAAAUGAUGGAACCUUGCUCUAGUGUCAAAGACAGGAUAGGAUAUAGCAUGAUUGCAGAUGCUGAGGAGAAAGGACUCAUUAGACCGCAAGAAAGUGUCCUCAUUGAGCCUACUAGUGGAAACACCGGUAUUGGUUUGGCAUUCAUGGCAGCUGCUAAGGGUUAUAAACUUAUUAUAACCAUGCCUGCUUCAAUGAGUCUUGAGAGAAGAACCAUUCUUCGCGCAUUUGGUGCUGAGUUAGUUCUCACAGAUCCAGCUAAAGGCAUGAAAGGAGCUGUUCAGAAAGCCGAAGAGAUACUAGCAAAGACUCCCAAUGCUUACAUUCUUCAGCAAUUUGAAAAUCCUGCAAACCCAAAGGUUCACUAUGAAACUACUGGACCAGAGAUCUGGAAAAGCUCUGGUGGGAAAGUUGAUGCCCUUGUUUCUGGUAUAGGAACCGGAGGUACAGUAACAGGUGCUGGAAAAUAUUUGAAAGAGCAGAACCCUGAUAUUAAGCUAUAUGGUGUCGAACCACUUGAAAGUCCAGUAUUGUCUGGAGGGAAACCUGGCCCUCAUAAGAUCCAAGGAAUUGGUGCUGGCUUCAUUCCUGGUGUUCUGGACGUUGGUUUGCUUGAUGAAGUAAUCCAAAUAUCCAGCGAAGAAGCUAUUGAAACUGCUAAACUUCUUGCAUUAAAAGAAGGUUUGCUGGUGGGGAUAUCAUCUGGUGCUGCCGCAGCCGCUGCAAUUAAGGUUGCAAAGAAGCCGGAAAAUGUUGGAAAACUCAUCGUUGUUGUUUUCCCGAGCUUUGGAGAGCGUUAUCUAUCAUCUGUGCUCUUUGAAUCUGUAAAACGAGAAGCGGAGAGCAUGAUCUUCGAUCAUUGAACUGUCACAUAGUGUAAAACAAUUUGAAUGAAUUUUUUGCUUCUCAAAUUUGAAGUGGGAUGGGAGCCAAUGGUAGCAUCUCAUGUUGCAGUUUGUGUUUGGCAUAGAUAUCAGAUAUGCCUUUUACACAUGCAUCUGAAUAAUAAUAUGCUUUUCUGUUAUUAUCUUUGUAAAUUCAAAUUCAUUGAUGUUGUCAUAAGUUUGUGUUUGAAAUAAUGAGAAAUAAAGUCUGAAGUGUUAACCAAA